AUGACGUUGGAUGAGAACCUGGAGCCGAGCGUGCGGCUGAGCGCCAUUUCGGGCGCACUGUGCGGCGCCCUGGGCGCGUUCCUGGGCAGCCCUCUCCAGCUGAUCAAGUGCCAGCUUCAGACGCGCGCAUCGCCCCAGAUCGCCGUCGGUUAUCAGCACCACUACCCCUCGAGCUUGGAGGCAUUCCGUACGAUCUACCGCACGCACGGCCUGAGGAGGGGACUAUGGCGCUCUGCGCAGGCCAACGUCCUCCGGCUUUCCAUCGGCUCCGCCAUCCAGAUGGGCGCCUACGUGCAGCCAUCGCCCUUGCCCACAGAUGUGUUUAAAAGCAGCUGCCACUGCCUUGAUGCUGGUACUGCGGGCACUUGCAACCUGACGUUACAGUCGCCAGAUGGCAGCCAGACCAAGGGCCAGGCUAAGCGGAAGCUGUCGCACUUCGAUGCCAACGGGUUCCACCACUUCAUCACCUCCAUGGCUGCGGCGGUCUACUCGAGCAUCGCGGCUGCACCUGCUGUCUCCAUGCUGGACAUGAUCAAGACGCGCAUGUACUUGCAGCCGGUGGACAGGCGCGGCCGCGGCAUCUACUACGCUAGCGUGCUUGACUGCAUUCGCAAGAUAUACAUGAUGGAAGGCGCUGCGGGCUACAGUCGCGGCAUGCUCGUCGCUUUCUUCUACUCCAUAGUCAACUCGUCCAUCACGCUGCUUUCGUGGGAUGAGCUUAAGCGGCUGCGCGUCGAGUCUCGCGAACAUCACGAGCUCGUUGUCGAGAUUAUCUACCAGAGGGGCCAAUGA